AUGACCAUGGUGCAGAAAAGCACGAAUCCAAGUGCAACACGGCCCCGGCUGUCCAUCGCUGAAAAGUUCGAUAUUAUCCCUGCUAUUUUCUCCAUUCUCUCAGCGGGGUUCUUUGCAUUGUUGACCGGCCUCAAUCGAGGCGAGAUAGGUGCUCCCACGUUCUUCUUGCAUGUCGCAUAUGCGAUCCUUCGCAAGGCGACUACGCGGCUCUCGGUAUUGCAGUUUCAAUCAUUAUCUCCGCCGACCGAUCAGCUGUAUGAAAAGUAUGCACGGUCGUUAGGAAAUACCCCGCAGACUGUGGCGCUAGAAUGCGGCGGCAAGGGACAUUGGAUAGGAGAUAGACAUGCCACAUAUGUGUUGGUCUGGUACCAUGGCGGGGGUUUCUGCCUUCCAGCAAAUAUGGGCUACUUCAAGUUCUGCGAGCGGCUCGUCGCAUCGCACCAUGUCAAGGACCUUACCAUUUUCUUCUUGGAAUACACGCUUGCACCGCACGCGCAAUACCCGACCCAGAUCGUUCAAGCAGUUGACGCACUUCGGUACAUUGUGACACAAGCCCACAGGCGCCCUGGUCAUGUCAUACUGGGAGGAGACUCGGCGGGCGGGAAUUUGGCACUGGGAGUGCUCAGCCAUCUUGCUCACCAGCACCCCGCCGUCGCAAAGCUUGACAUCUCUGAGCCUCUGGGAGGACUUGCUCUCCUCUCGCCCUGGACUUCACUUGACUAUCAGCCACCGGACAAUUUGGAUUGCAGAGGCGAUAUUAUCACGCCACUUGUUGCCGGCCCGUGGUCCCGAGCAUAUCUGGGACAUGCAAACCGGGACCAUUACACUGACCCAUCUACUGCGCCGUCUACUUGGUUUCGGGAUUUUCCAGUAAGGAAAGCCUUGAUUCUGGCUGGACAAAAUGAGAUCAUGCUUCGUGAUAUCAAGGUUUUCGUGGAGAACUUUGUGGCUGGCUUUUCUCGAGUAGACUUCUUUAUAGGGAAGCGCGAAUCCCAUGUGGCCCCUAUAUAUAAUGUCUAUGUUGGGGACAAUAAGGAAACUGAGCAGGGUAGGAAACUUGUUGAAUGGCUGCACGAAACCUUAUAA